UAGUAUGCUAUACUCCGUCUAAAAACUCGUGACAGAGGGUGACAUACAUUAACAAUUUACAAGUUGAGAGUUUAUAAUGUUGAAAACUUAGUUGAGAUGUGUUUUUACGAUUCAAAAAUAGUUGAGGAGUUUUAUCACUAAAAAUCACUAGAUGUUUUAAAAUCUUUAUUAUCAUAUAUACAUUGUUUUAGAUUGACAUAUAAACCUUUAAAACUAAUUUAUAAAUUUUAAUACAUUGUUAAUUACAUAUGAUUAAUACGGUUUCACAAUGAUUUUAUAAGUUUUUACAAUUUAUGCCAGUUAUUAGGAUAAAUUAAUCUAAUUAUUAAAGUAGUAUAAUAAAGUAAGAAUAAUAUAUUAAAUAUAUUAUUUUAUUGAUCACGGAAACAAAAAAAUAUAACGUAUUGGUUAAGAAAUCAAGGAGAAUAAAAAUAAUUAUGCAUUAUUUUUGAAGGAUAGAGGGAACGUAUGAGCUAGAGGACGGAUCAUGGAAAUAGGAAAAAAAAUGUGUCCUACUCUAAAUAGAAAGAUAUCAUGGAUGAAUUAUUCUCGAUACUACUUAAGAGUUAAUAUAACUUAAAAACUUUAAAUUGUUUGAUAUUUGACAAUGAUGAUAUGAAACACAAAUUUUCUUAUAUCACUACUACCAAAUAUCAGAUAAUUUAAUAUUUUGAAGUUAUAUUAAAUUGUAAGUAGUUUUGAAAAUUAUUAAUUUAUGAUGUAUAAAUUAAUUUUAUAAUAAAUAAAUGUAUUAAAAUUUAUAAAUUAGUUUUAAAAGCUUAUAAAUCAAUUUAAACAAUGUAUAAAUGAUAAUAAGUAUUUUAAAACAUUUAUAACUUUUAGUGAUAAAACCCCUCAACUAUUUUUGAAUCGUAAAAGAACAUCUCAACAAAGUUUUCUACAUUAUAAACCUUCAUCUUAUAAACCAUUAACGUAUGUCACUCUCUGUCACGAGUUUUUAGACGGAUGGUAACACAGAUUAACAGAACUAAAGUUGAUGAUUUAUUUUACAAGAUUUUUAGUUGAUGAUUUUUUUACGAUUUCUAAUUACUAAAAGCCCAAAUUGAAAUAGUCCAUACUGACAAAACCAAAGCUCAAAUCACAAGCAAUACAAAAACAAAAGAAUUUUCUGGUAAUUAAUUGAAGAUGUGGAACUAGGUAGAGAGGAGCGUCACUUUAGAAAGCAGGUUCUGAUGGCUGCGAGAGAGUGAAUCUAGUUUUUCCCUAAGCAGAAACUGGAUCUCUGCAAUGAUAGAUGCUGCAAGUCUACUAGAAGCAUUAUGGAGGCGUUGAUUCCUCUAUUUCCAAGUUGGAUACAUUGUCGCCUGUAGCCAUAAUUCAGUAAUCAGCUUCAGAUUCUUGUCGCUGCUGUGAUCAUUGAUCCAAACUAACACAUCAUCAAAAGAAGGUGGAGGCAGUAGGUUGGCCUUUAAGCAGAAGAAAGACCAAAUUUCCGAAAAGAAUGAGCAGUUGAAGAAGAGAUGAUCCCUAUCUUCGGGUGCAUUGCUGCAUAGGAGACAUUCAUGAGGCGCUUGCAUACCCCAAGAACGUAACCGGUCGCAAGUUGGGAGCAUGUUUCACACUAUAAUCCAGGAGAGAAAGGAGUGUUUUGUAAUGGAGCCUGAGUACCAAACUACACAUUUAGUUGAGACCAAAUUUCAGAAGCUGAGAAGGUAUUCCUUGGAUCUUUGGAGCUGCAUCUCCAAUUUUCCACAAAUACAAGUCAUCAGCCUCAGAAGAUAAAAUAGGUGUUGAGAAGGGGAGGCAAGUACGCACCAACUGGAUGAUUACGGCUUUUGCUUUGAUCCAGCCUCCAUCCCUUAGUUGUUAGGGCAUCCAAACCGAUGAGCUAAAAGGCAGACCUGUAACUCUAGGUCCCUGGUCACUAGUAAUGUUGAGGAGGGUUUUACAUCUGGUGGAAUUUGGUGGAUUUUAAAAGAUUUUGAUGGAGGAUUUGGUACAAUUUCAAAACAAAACAAAACAAAAAACUCAAUAUGCUGUUAUUGGUGUCAUGGGAGUAGAGAACCUUUAGACGAUACAAUGAAGACUCAAGGCAUUUCUCAUGUGUGGUCAGUGGCGGGGAACUACACCUAGUGUAGGAGGGGUAGCUGCCCCAGAGAACAAAUAUUUCUAGAUCCGCCAUUGUGUAUGGUACAUUGCAUUGAAUAUCCAAUAUGGUGCUAUUGCUAUUCUGGGAACGAAGAAGGAAUCCCAGAUGACACUUAUCGAAGGAUCCAAUCUUGAAGCCAAAAAUAUUUCAACUGGUCCCACUAUGCCGAGGAAUUUCCAUCGGAUGGAGAGGUAGAUUCAACAUAGGAGUUCUUCCAAUGCAUCUCUGAUCAAGGCUGGGAAAUUUGGAGAAAUGUUGCUCAUUUUAUAAAUUGCAUAUAAUUUUUACUUUUCGUUUAUAAUAAAAUAAUUAUCAACAUUAUUUAUGAUAUAUUUAUAUAACUAAUUACGAAAUUAAUUGAUUUAUUAUUUUAAAAAUAAUAAUAUCUGAAAUAUUAAAUAAGAUUGUGUUUUUUUUUUCCUCCACAUAUUUUUUUAUAAUCUAAAUAAAUUUAUUUAUUAUUAAUAUCUCUAUAAAUUAUUAAGAUUUUCUAGAAAUGUUGUAUAUUUAAUUGAUUAGUAUUUUCUAGAAAUCUUGUAUACUUAAUUUAUUAAUUUAUAUAAUCAAAUAAGUCAUAUUAAAUAAUUAAUGAAUGAUCAUACUAUGAUUUUGGUAUAGUAAAUUUUUGUGACUUUAUUUUAAUAGAAUAAAUAUUUUAUUGGAAUUCGUAACAAAAAUCGUAACAAAAAGAGAUAUUUUGGACCAUUUAGAACUUUAGUAACAUUUUUUUAUCAUUAGAUAAAAACAAGAAUUUAAAUUAACAGAAUAGAUUCUUAAAUUUAAGACUGAAAAGCUAAUUUGAAAAUCAAAACAAGUUAGAACCUAGUAAACUUAUAAAUCGAUAUUUGUAGCCUUUAUUAAAAUUUACACUUCAGAAACUCCAACGCCUAAUAUAAUUGACAUCCAAAAUAUGCUUCAAUAUCUAUUUAAAAUUUUAAGAUAAAAUAAAGUUCAAUUAUAAAAACUUUAAAUUAUUUAUAUGUGUAAGUCCUUUACAAAUUAUUAACAUAUGCAAGUCCUUUACAAAAUUAUUUGUCCAAAAAGAUCAGCACAACGAACAGAACGGGGAAACAAUAUCAAAUCCUAUCGAAAUAAUAACAAACGAGAUUUCAAAAUAAAAUAAAAUAAUAAACGACUCACCUAUUCAACAAUGAUUUUUAACCUCCCAAAAUAUAAGGAACAGGAACCGGAUUCAAAUCCUAAAAACAAGAAAAACAAACUCAUAAAUUCCUAUCCUUUUAUUUUCCGAGUUUACUUUCUAUAUAUAAACCUCCUCUUCUCUUAUCAUAAAACAAAUCUAACAACAGAAAUAAUAGUGAUAAGCACUUUCAAAGAAACAGUAUAUCAAUAAUGAAGCAAUAUCUAUGUCUUUCUAUCUUGGUACUACUAUCACCAUUAUUUGCACCCAUCCACGCCCGCAACAAAUCACAUUCCGCAAUGUCUCCCUCACCGGUAGCAACUCCGGCGCCAGGACCGUCAAAUUCUGAUUGCUCGAGCGUAAUAUAUGGCAUGAUGGAUUGUCUAUCGUACAUAACCCCCGGAUCAAAUGAUACCAUUCCCACGAAAGUGUGUUGUGGGGGAAUACUAUCUGUUUUACAAUAUAAUCCUAAGUGUGUUUGCGUCGGCUUAGCGAGUAGCAAAGAUAUGGGGAUUGAAAUUAAUAGCACUAGAGCUCAUUCCAUGCCCACGACUUGCAAGCUCCCCAUUGCUGCUCCCCAUUGUGCUAUACCGGGCGCGUCAGCACCGGGUGCAUCUACUCCUGUUUCACCAUCAGCUGGAACACCUAUGACUUCACCAUCUUCAGACGAGUCACCAACAUCGCCAUCUUCAGACGAGUCACCAACAUCGCCAUCUUCAGACGAGUCACCGACAUCUUCACCAUCUUUGGCUGAGUCGCCUGGAAUGACGGCACCGUCUCCCUCAAGUUCUGGCACCAACCAGCUCUCAGUUUCAACUCUGACCCUCUUUGCCAUUAUCGUGUCUUCUAUAACAUACAUUUUGGGUUUUUCUAAUUAAUUGUAUUUUUCACAUUUCAUAUAUAUUUUUACUGCGUUUGACAUUUUAUUGUUGUGAUUUCAUGACUGAUGCUGUUUUAAUUUGAUGUUCUUGGUUAAUCAAAUUUUAUAUAUGCUUGGAUU